CAUAUCACAUGGAAAAUAGCGACGUGAACGUGAAGGUGAACGUAAAAAUUGGACGAAAGUACGUGCGGAACUGAUCUCCUUCAGGGCGCGAUCUGAUGUUCGCGAAAUUGCGGCUUCGCGCCGGUCGAUCGAGCGGCCGCGUUGCAUGACUUUCGGAACUCGGAACGUCCGCGCGAGGCGGAGAGGAAGAGGAACCUGCUGGAAAGAGCGCAACACGACCGAGCACAGCCGGAGAGCGUAGACUACAGAGCCAAGCGGUGAUCGUAGCUAUAUACUUGGGAGAAACAGUUUUAACGCGAUAAACACGCCGACCACGUUUUUACAACAUGUCAGAUUGGGACACCGCGCCUAUCACGUUGCGGAAACGCGCUCCUAAAUCGUCCACGCUCAAAACCGAGAAGGCGGUGAACGAUGCGCGACGACAGGGUUUCACCGUCGAGACGCAAGCGAAAUUAGGGGGAGGCGGUGCUAAUAGACAGCAUGUAACUACGAAAAACACAGCUAAAUUAGAUCGUGAGACAGAAGAGUUAAAACAUGAUCAAAUUCCACUUGAACUUGGUAAACUCAUCCAACAAGGACGGCAAAACAAAGGAUUAUCCCAAAAGGAUUUAGCUACAAAAGUAAAUGAAAAGGCACAAGUGAUUAAUGACUACGAAGCAGGACGUGGAAUACCAAAUCAAAUGGUUAUUGGCAAAAUCGAACGAGUACUUGGAAUUAAAUUGCGCGGCAAAGAUCGUGGAAAACCGUUAACGACCCCCGGGACGAAGAAGUGAAUCUCGGGGGGAAACUCUACUUUCGAUCCUUACAUACUUCCCAAGAAAGAACUAUGAUGAAAGAUGGUAGAAUGGAAUGCAACAAACAAACCCCUACUCUUCUUUCCUUUGGUUACAUUGAUAUUGAAUGAUAAAAAUGGGUUAUAAUUAACUUGCCUUUAUGGUAAAAGAAAGAUAUUUUAGGAUAUCACAUGUAUGCGAAGUAACAUACAAUGUAUACAGUAAUAUAGUGUAACAUUAAACAAGGCUUAUUGAGUUACCUUCGCAUAAUCGUUUAUAUAUUAUAGAUUUUCAAGUGUACAUUACUAAUACUAAUUAUGAAAUAAUUAUGAAAUAAGAGCGAAAUAUGUUUGAGUGGCAGAAUAAAAUUCUUAAUUUAUGAUAAA